AAUGGAUGAUUUCUCUUCUCCAGGAAUGCCUAACGGCUUUGGAUUUGCUCCAUCGGAUGCGAACUUUAUUGAGCCAGGUAAACGGCCUAUGAGCUCGAUGAGUCCAAUGGUUAUUUUUGAUCGUGAAAAUGGAAAUUUAAAAUUCGUCAUUGGAGCAUCAGGAGGGUCAAAAAUUAUCUCUGCUAUGGCGAAGCCAAUAAUUCGAGUUCUUUGUUUUAACGAAACAAUCAAAGAAGCAAUAGAUUCACCAGUUUUGCAUAAUCAAUUUACACCAGACGUGACUCAAUAUGAAGAAACAGUUCCAAAACAACUACUGCAAGAUUUGGAAUCAAAAUUCGGUCAAAAAUUCAAGCCAACAACUGGUUUCGAAGGAAUUGUUCAAGCAAUCUUGGUAGGAGAUGAUGGUUAUAUUUAUGCUAACGGGGAUUACCGAAGAAGAACUAACAUGCAUCCAGAAGGUUUUUGAGGGCUUUUCUGACAUAUUUUUGUUUCUGCCUUUCUACUUACGGUGGUUUAAUAUUUU